ACAGAAAAUGGGCGUUUUGUGAAAGAGUAGCCAGCAGGACAGACCUAUACAGCCCCACUGACUUCAGCAGAAAACAGGAGGGAAGUCGGCCUGCAGUGCUUACAGAAGAGCUGCACAUUGGGUAUGGGCAGGAGCUCCCCUGAUAGGAGCAGUGAAGAAACAGAAGGUUCACAGCAAUGAUCUCUGCCAUGAGACACAGUAACACAGUUUUUCAAAAGAAUAUUGUCCUCCAGUAAAUGAAAACAGAUUUUUAAAUAGUCGAUGUCAAUUCCAAACCCGGUACUGAACGAAGAGCCCCCUGGGGGUGGCUGCAGGCAGGAGCCACUGUGUGCACCUGCAGAAGGAAGGCAGGAGCUGGAACGCCGAGUUUCACCACAGGGAAGGCCGAAGGAGACAGACAACCAAGGCGGAGCCUUCAUUAACUUCCAUUACCGGAGAUAUACUGUCAGAUUAAUAAAAGCUAUGAGAUAUUAUAUUAUCCAACAAAAUAUCUAACAAAGAGCCACCCACAUGAAAUUAUAGUGCAUGUGUGAAUCAACACAGACAUACUUGAGUAGAACAGUAAUGCGUAUUACUUUCCUAUGACAAAAUUCCCCUUAGCACAUCACUUUUGGCAUGAGCGCUGUGGCUGGCAAAGCCCAUGGGAAGCGGCACUGCCUGGAGGUGACACCCACCCGGUGAGGUAUAAAGAGGCCCCGGCGAGGACAGGAGGCAGCGCUUCCACUUCUGCAUCGGGCUCGCAGCAGGCUUUGCUUUCGGGGCGCGACAUCCACCUCUCACCAUGAGCUGCAGCAUCAAGAGGACAUCCAGCACCUCGUACCGCAGCGGAGGCGGGGGAGGCAUCUCUGCUGGUGCCGGCGGCAGGAGCUCCUCCGCCUCGUGCCGGCGAUACGCCUCCUCCGUGAUCGGCGGGGGCAGCUCCGCGGGGGCAGCGUGCGGCAUCGGCUACGGCGGGGGCAUGAGCGCCGGCAGCCUCGCCGGGGGCUUCUGCGGGGGCCUGGGAGGAGGCUUCGGAGGCGGCUUUGCCGGAAGCUUCGGCGCCGGGGGGGACGUGCUGCUGAGCGGCAACGAGAAGAUCACCAUGCAGAACCUCAACGACCGCCUGGCCUCCUACCUGGACAAGGUGCGAAGGCUGGAGGAGGACAACGCCCAGCUCGAGCUCCACAUCCGCGAGUGGUACAGGAAACAAGCUCCCAGCGCCUCAAAGGACUACAGCUCCUACUACCAGACCAUCGAGCAGCUCCAAAACCAGAUCAUUUCUGCCACUGUGGACAACAACAAGAUGCUUCUGGACAUCGAUAACAGCAAGAUGACGGCUGAUGACUUCCGAAUGAAGUAUGAGAAUGAACUGGUCAUCCGUCAAACUGUGGAGUCUGACAUUAAUGGCUUGAGAAACAUGCUGGAUGACCUGACUCUGGUUAGGUCUUCACUGGAAUCUGAGCUGGAGUCCUUGAAAGAUGAGCUUAUUGCUCUGAAGAGAAACCACGAGGAGGAAAUGAGCUGCCUGAGGAAGCAGGCGACCGGAGAUGUGAGCGUGGAGGUCAACGCCUGUCCCGGCCCAGACCUGAGGAAGAUUCUGGAGGAGCUGCGUUGUCAAUAUGAGACGCUGAUGGAGCGCAACCGCAAGGAGACUGAGCAGUGGUUUGCCUGCAAGGUGGAAGAGGUGAACCUGGAGGUCAUCACCAGCAGCCAGGAGAUAGAGUCGAGCAACAAGCAGGUCACGGAGCUGAGACGCCAGCUGCAGGGCCUGGAGAUCAACGUGCAAGCCCAACUGACCAUGAAAGAAAACCUGGAGUCCUCUCUGGCUGAGACAGAAUGCCGCUACAACAAAUACCUCACUGAGCUGCAGAGCCAGAUCUCCUGCGUGGAACAGCGGCUGGCGGAGAUCCGGGCGGAGACGGAGUGCCAGAACCAGGAGUACAAGAGCCUGCUGGACGUCAAGUGCCGCCUGGAGCAGGAGAUCCACACCUACCGCUGCCUGCUGGAGGGCGGGCAGCAGGACAUCAUGUACGCAGGCUGCAGGCAGAGCCGGGCACAGUGACAUCCCUGGGCCGUCACUUACAGGAAUAUGAAAACCUGAGAUACAAGCGGUAAAAGAACACAGUGGCAAGGAACCAGCAGAGCCCUACUUCCAGCCAGGGCCAGGAAGCCAACCAUGAGGAGUGAGCAUUUGGCUCUGACCGAUGUCUGACCGUGAGCUCCUUCUCUCCCUGGAAGGGGGUCAGCCCAUCGCUCCCACCCUGCGCCAGCCCUGCCCUGCGCUGCGGGGCGGCUCCCGCUGAGCUGGGGAAGGUGCUUCGUGACAGCUGUCAUUUAGCUGAGUCCUGCUGGCUCUGCACUGAUAGACAGGAUUAGGGACGGGCAGUUAAAUUCCCUGAAACAAUAAAUUAU